AUGACGAUCAGCUACAGCCGGGACGUGGCAUCGAUCAGGUUGUCCAAGUUCGUUCGCCUUCUAUUCAAGUGGAAAGGAAGCAUAUACAGACUGCUGUACAAGGAGUUGAUCGUCUUCCUGGCUCUUUAUCUGUUCCUCAGCGUUCUCUAUCGAUUCUGUCUCAAUGAGGAAGGAUCACGGUGAGU